CUCUCUCCUUCACUUUCCUUCCGUUUCUCUCAUUUUCCUCUCGUUUGUGGUUUUCAGAGGAAAGAUCUUCGAAAGCCAUGUUUGAUCGGUCCGGUAGCAUGCGGGAUAGGCUUCAGGACACUCUCUUUGCUUACCGGAAUGAGCUCGUCUCUCUCCUUUCCAGGUAUGUGGAGCAGGGGAAGGGGAUUCUGCAAUCUCAUCACCUGAUAGAGGAGUUGAUGAAGUCUGUCAAGGAAGACGAAAGGAUGCAGAAGCUCAGAGAUAGUCCUUUUGUGCAAUUCCUGCAUUCUGCACAGGAAGCUAUAGUUAUGCCUCCGUUUGUGGCUUUGGCAAUUCGUCCAAGACCUGGCGUUUGGGAGUACAUCCGUGUUAAUGUCUAUGAACUAAGUGUGGAUAAUUUGACUAUUGCAGAAUAUCUCCAAUUUAAAGAAGAGCUUGUGGAUGGACAGUCCCAUGCCAGCUAUGUGCUUGAGCUUGAUUUCGAGCCAUUUAAUGCAACAUUUCCUAGACCAACCCGGUCAUCAUCUAUUGGCAAUGGCGUGCAAUUUCUUAACCGCCAUUUAUCUUCAAUUAUGUUCCGCAACAAAGAAAGUUUGGAACCUUUGCUAGAUUUCCUCCGUACUCACAAACAUGAUGGCCGUGGGAUGAUGCUGAAUGACCGAAUACAGAACAUAUCCAGACUUCAAUCUGCUUUGACAAGGGCAGAAGAACACCUCUCUAAGCUCCCACCUAAUACAUCUUAUUCUGAGUUUGAAUUUGACUUACAAGGAAUGGGAUUUGAGAGAGGUUGGGGGGAUACAGCAGCACGGGUAUCAGAGACAAUGCAUCUUCUGUUGGAAAUCCUUCAUGCUCCUGAUCCCUCUACCUUGGAGACAUUUCUUGGGAGAAUUCCUAUGGUUUUCAAUGUUGUUAUUGUGUCUCCACAUGGUUAUUUUGGUCAAGCUAAUGUUUUAGGUUUGCCCGACACUGGUGGACAGGUCGUCUAUAUACUUGAUCAAGUGCGUGCUUUGGAGAAUGACAUGCUUCUUAGAAUACAGAAGCAAGGACUGGAUGUUAUCCCCAAAAUUCUCAUAGUUACACGGCUAAUACCUGAUGCAAAAGGAACGACAUGCAAUCAAAGAUUGGAAAGAGUUAGUGGAACAGAACACACACACAUUUUGCGUGUUCCUUUUAGAACUGAGACUGGCAUCCUUCGUAAAUGGAUUUCAAGGUUUGACGUGUGGCCAUAUUUGGAAACUUUUGCAGAGGAUGUAUCAAAUGAAAUUGCAGCAGAGUUGCAGGGUGUUCCAGAUCUGAUUGUUGGGAACUACAGUGAUGGAAAUUUGGUUGCAACUUUGUUAUCAUAUAAACUAGGAAUCACACAGUGUAACAUUGCACAUGCCCUAGAGAAAACCAAGUAUCCUGAUUCUGACAUAUACUGGAGAAAAUAUGAAGACAAGUACCAUUUUUCAAGCCAAUUUACAGCCGAUCUUAUGGCAAUGAACAAUGCAGAUUUUAUAAUUACCAGUACGUACCAAGAAAUUGCUGGAAGCAAGAAUAAUGUUGGACAAUAUGAGAGCCACACAGCUUUCACUCUUCCAGGUCUUUAUCGAGUUGUCCACGGCAUAGAUGUUUUUGAUCCAAAGUUCAAUAUUGUAUCUCCAGGCGCAGAUAUGUGCAUAUAUUUUCCAUACUCUGAAAAGGAGAAAAGGCUUACAGCCUUGCAUGGAUCCAUUGAAGAGCUCUUAUACAAUCCAGAGCAAAAUGAGGAGCAUGUUGGUAUGUUGAGUGAUCAGUCAAAGCCUAUCAUCUUUUCCAUGGCAAGACUGGAUAAGGUGAAAAACUUAACAGGCCUUGUUGAAUGCUAUGGGAAGUGCAGCAUGCUAAGAGAAAUAGCAAAUCUUGUUGUGGUUGGUGGUUACAUAGAUGUGAAAAAUUCCAGGGAUAGAGAAGAAAUGGCUGAGAUUGAAAAGAUGCAUGGUCUAAUAAAGCAAUACAAUCUGCAUGGUCAGUUUCGGUGGAUAAAUGCUCAAAUGAAUCGUGCACGUAAUGGUGAGCUUUACCGCUACAUUGCAGAUACAAAAGGUGUUUUUGUUCAGCCUGCUUUCUAUGAAGCUUUUGGUCUUACAGUUGUGGAAGCCAUGACUUCUGGGCUCCCAACAUUUGCCACUUGUCAUGGUGGCCCUGCUGAGAUCAUUGAGCAUGGUAUCUCAGGGUUCCAUGUCGAUCCAUAUGACCCUGAUCAGCUUACUGCCAUUUUGGUUGACUUCUUUGAAAGUUGCCAGAAGGAUCCCAGCUACUGGUUUAAGAUAUCUGAUGGAGGGCUUAAGCGAAUUUAUGAAAGCUACACAUGGAAGAUUUAUUCAGAAAGGCUACUCACACUAGCUGGAGUUUAUGGCUUCUGGAAGUAUGUAUCCAAGCUUGAAAGGAGGGAGACACGACGAUAUCUGGAGAUGUUUUACAUUCUCAAGUUCCGGGAUCUGGCCAAGUCCAUUCCGCUAGCAGUGGAUUAGCAGCAUUGAACUUCAUAUACAUGAGGAAACAGUCUGCGUAACGUGUUAAUUUCUUUUUAAUAUGUGCAUGGAAUAAGAUGUUAUCAUCAGUAUUGUUGUUGUAAUUGUUGUUGUUAUGUUGUCUGUAACUUCUUUUUUUUCGGUGGAGCAAUGCAUCUUCACAUCACAGAUGCGUGGUGCAUUGCUAGUGUAGUUGUGAAUUUGUUUUCCUCGGAAUAAACU